AUGGAUGGAGUUGUUAAAACUUCAAUUUUAACAGCCAUUAGUGCAAUAACUGUUUAUGCUGGUUUAUUUCUUUAUUUAAAUGGUGAUGAUGAAAACACUAAAAAAAAAAAUACAAAGAAUAAAAAAAAGAAAAAUAAAUUAAAGACAACUUCAAUUUUAAAUACUUCAAGUAGCAGCAGUAGCAGUAGCAGUAGUAGCAGUAGCAGUAGUAGUAGUAUUAGUAGAAACAGCAGUGACGAUUUAGAUAUACCAUAUGGAAGUAGUAAUAGUAUUAAUAGUGAAAAUAAUAAUAGUAGGAAUAAAUUUUUAGAUGGUGAAGACGAUGAUAGCCAUGAAAUAUCAACUUCCUCAAGUUCUGAUGAUUUUACACAAAAUUCUCCAAGAACUUUACAAGACCAUUUAAAAAUUUUAAAGUCUGAUGAUCUUUCAAAUCAUAUGGCUAUUAAAAAGUUAGAUUCUGUACAUGUACUUUUAUCAAUUGUUUCUUAUUCUGAAAGUUUAGCAUUAUUAUCAUAUUUAAAUAGUUUAUCAAUAGUUGUUGAUUCAUUGAACUCUUUAUUAGCAUUAGAGAUGAUUAGUGCCAAUCAAAAUUCAUUAAUUCGUCAACUUGGUUUAUUACUUGGUAAUUUAUUGCAAUAUCCAGAAAAUCAUAAAAAGAUAAUGGAAACUCGUUUCAUUCCCACUCUUGUCAAUUUAAUUAAUGAUGAUGAUGCUGAAAGAUCUGAUUUUUCAUUAUUUUGUCUAUUCAAUAUAUCUUCCAAUGAGGAAUGUGGAACAGAAAUUAUUUUAUCUCAAGGUAUUAAAGAAAUUAUAUCAUUAUUGGAAUCAAAAAAAGCAAAUAUAUCAUUAAAAAAACAAUGUUUACAUAUACUAUUAAACAUGUAUUUAGAAUCAAAAAAUUUAAGAGAAAUGAUAUCAUCAGAAAAUGAACAAUUAAUUAAUGUUUUAAAAAUAAUAAAACAAACUCAAAAGAAUGAUCUCUCUGAAUUGGCUUCUAAAAUUUUACAAAUUGAUACCGAUCACCAAAAUUUAAUAAAUACAAACGAUUUCAAUGAUAAAAAUAUUAAACCUUUAUAUAUAGAAGAUGAAGAGGAUGAAGAUGAUGAUGAAUAG